AUGCCUGAUUCUCCCUCCUCCUCUGCCUCCUCCACCACCUGUACAACCACUGUGUCUACCACUCUGACUAGCAGCGACACCCUCGUCAGCACAGCUGAAUCAGGCCAGUUCACGGGCACACCAGCAAGUACAGAACGUACAGCAGAAGAAUCUCCAUCCUCUGUUACAGAGUCUGAAUCUCAAAGUAGCAGUCAGCUUCAGGCAAAUGGACUUCAGAGUGUGUCUGAUCAGUCAAGUUCCUUGCAGCAGGUACAGAUCGUGGGGCAGCCAGUUUUACAGCAAAUUCAGAUUCAGCAGCCACAGCAACAGAUUAUACAAGCCAUACCACAGCAGUCUUUUCAGCUUCAAUCAGGACAGACCAUACAGACUCUUCAGCAGCAACAGCUGCAAAACGUUCAGCUCCAAGCAUUAAGCCCAACGCAGGUUCUCAUAAGGGCCCCAACAUUAACCCCAUCGGGUCAGAUCAGCUGGCAAACUGUGCAGGUUCAGAAUAUCCAGAGCCUUCAGAAUUUGCAAGUUCAAAAUGCUGGCCUGCCACAACAGCUCACCAUCACUCCAGUGUCUACCAGUAGUGGUACAACAAUUGCUCAGAUUACACCAGUUACAGUUGCUGGUACCCCAAUCACUCUCAAUGCUGCCCACUUUACAUCUGUGCCUAAUCUGCAGACGGUCAGCGUUGCAAAUCUUGGUACAGCUGGAGUCCAGGUUCAGGGGGUUCCUGUAACAAUUACAAAUGUUGGAGGUCAGCAGCAAGGAAGUGAAGGUGUCAAAGUACAGCAAGCUACUAUAGCCUCUAUUGCUGUUGGAGGGCUUACCAAUGCCACCAUUGGUGCUGUCAGUCCUGAUCAAAUAUCACAGGUGCAGCUUCAACAGUCUCAGCUAUCAUCAGAUCAAGAGGUACAGACUGGCAAGAGACUGAGAAGAGUUGCGUGUUCCUGUCCCAACUGUAGAGAAGGGGAAGGAAGAGCAAACAGUGAACCAGGCAAGAAAAAACAGCACAUAUGUCACAUUGAAGGAUGUGGAAAAGUGUAUGGGAAAACAUCCCAUCUCCGAGCACAUCUUCGUUGGCACACUGGAGAACGACCUUUUGUAUGCAACUGGAUCUUCUGCGGCAAGAGGUUUACCAGAAGUGAUGAGCUACAGAGGCACAGAAGAACCCAUACAGGAGAGAAGAGGUUUGAGUGUCCAGAAUGUUCCAAAAGGUUCAUGAGGAGCGACCAUCUUUCAAAACAUGUCAAAACCCACCAAAACAAAAAGGGAGGUGGAACAGCCCUGGCAAUUGUAACAUCAGGUGACCUGGAUGCCUCUGUCACUGGAGUCCUUGGUUCCCCAAGAAUUGUUACUGUGGCAGCCAUCUCCCAAGAUUCAAACCCAGCAACCCCAACUGUUUCUACAAACAUAGAUGUUCUAGAAGGUGACAAGGACUUGUAUCGCUGCACUUAG